CACAGCCUCUAACUUCAACAAGAGAUAUCACUUCUCGAGCUUCAGGUGCAACUCAAAGAUGGGCCCCACUCUCAGAGGACCAUUUCCUGGCAAACAUCAGCACAAUGGCCAACUUCAGCGACAUCGGCAACAUUUCAAUAGAAAUGAACAACUUUACCGAGUGGGAAAAUGGGAGUUUCGGGAACUGGAGCAAUUGUUCCUGGAGCAACGCAAGUGAUGACGUGCAUGCGGAGUACGGACUCACGGCCAGCCAGGAGACCGUCAGGACCGUGGUCACGGCCACCGUACUCGCCCUCAUGAUCCUCGCUACCGUCAUCGGGAACGUGUUUGUGAUGGCGGCCAUCUUGUUGGAGCGCAACCUGCAGUCGGUAGCCAACUACCUCAUCCUGAGCCUGGCAGUCGCCGACCUGCUGGUGGCGGCGCUGGUCAUGCCUUUGGGAGCCGUCUACGAGGUCAGCAAGGAGUGGCGGAUGGGGGCCGAGCUGUGCGACAUGUGGACGGCGUCUGACGUGCUCUGCUGCACCGCGUCCAUCCUGCACCUCGUCGCCAUCGCUCUCGACAGAUUCUGGGCAGUGACGUACGUGGACUACAUGCAGAAGAGGUCCACACGUCGGGUGCUCACGAUGAUCGUCGUCAUCUGGAUGGUGUCAGCCUUGAUCUCUGCAGCCCCGAUGAUGGGCUGGAAGGAUCCUAACUGGAACGAACGCAUCAGCAACAACCAGUGCCUCGUGUCGCAGGACGUUGGAUACCAAAUCUUUGCCACCCUGACAUCCUUCUACCUCCCUCUGACAGUGAUCCUGGUGCUCUACUGGCGUAUCUACCAGACAGCUAGGAAGCGGAUUCGCCGCAAACCAGGAUCCACUCCUGCUCCAAAGAAGGCCGUUACUACGACCAGUGAGGCGACGACGUUCACCAGAUCUCCGGAAAAAUCGUCAAACGGAGCAGCCUUGAAUGGCGUGGAGGAAGAGCCUGACGCUCCUCGCCCUGAUGUGUUGUCCAUUAAUCCGCUGCUGCUUUUUGCCAACAGGAGCUUCCCGAGACGAAGAGAACUCGAGAGCCGUAAGGAGAGAAAAGCAGCCAAGACACUUGCAAUCAUCACGGGGGCGUUCAUUAUGUGUUGGAUGCCGUUUUUUAUACUUGCGCUAGUCAUGCCUCUGUGCACGGAGAUGUGCUCGAUAUCAGAUUAUGUCAUCUCUACAUUUCUGUGGCUGGGUUAUUUUAACUCAACUUUAAACCCUAUAAUAUAUACUAUUUUUAGUCCUGAUUUUCGGCACGCUUUUAAAAGGAUUCUGUGUGGCAAAAAGCGUCGAGUACACAGACACUCUUCGUUCAUCUCUGCUUCAAGGGCCGGCAGGUCCUAGCAUGAAGACGGACGACAGCGAGAACUGGAGAGCUUCGGCCAUCUUGUGUCCACACCAGAUUGCCAUACUAGGAUCCUCAUAGAAACUCACCUCUAAAACUAGCAGGAAGAAUUACAUCCAUAACAAAUUUUAAGGCCGAUAUUAGGGAGCUGACCUCGCUGUCCUUCGGCUUAUCUCCAGAAAUCAUUUCCAAAUUUGACCUUAACAAAAGGCAUAUAAAUGCUGUAAUGACUUGGAAUUGGGAAGAUAUCUGCCUGAUGAAGCUUUACAAACUCACGGUAUAAAUCCAGUCUAGAGAACAGAUAAAACAUAUCUUGAGACAAUAUUUAAAUUUAGAUAGAGUCAACAAAACGAACCCUAAUAAGACAUUAGUAAAUAAUACAAUCAGAAUAAAAGUCUAAGAGUGCUUCUGAAUUAGAAACUGAGAGUCUCUCAAGGAACACAGCUUGAAAUUGACUAAAAAAAGUCUAUUUAAUUCCUCCAGAGCUCAGUCCACGAUACACGUUAUUACAGCUUCACAAGAAUUCAGCCAAAACGCGUUCCUCAUUCCAGUAAUAGCUGAUCUCCUUAGCCCGUUCUUCACAUCACAAUUAAGCCGACUUUGAUCUUAUCAUUCACAUUGAUGUGCUACAAUGUCCCUCAUCACCAAGCUUAAUUGAAGAGGUCUUUAAUGGCCUUCCUUCGAAAGCUCUUAGUUAGCAACC